CUGCUGUUAAUGUUUCAGCCUUUGACAGAGGAUCCCUUUGUCGUUUGCCUGCUCGGUUGACGAACUUCUCCUUCUUUCCACCUUUGCCAUGGAUUUUUUGUCCGUAAAUCUACGGUAGCACGUGUGAUGGAAGCCAGCAUCCUCGGGAAUAUUGUCAAACUCCACAUCAACACAGUGUUUGAAGUUCUCAGCCACGUCCCGAGACUCACCGUCCAACCCAAGCCACGUUUGUAGGCUUGUCCUGUAUGUAUUCCAUCGUGUAGUGGUGAAAUAAUGUACCUCCUCGUGCUUGACUGAAGUAAUAUGCAUCAAACAAUGUUUGUUUUUUGAUUUAUUAAUAUAUUCCGGUGUAUUUUCUUCGUCUUCCGUACUGCUCGAGGACGCCAUUUUGCCAUUCUGUUGACAAAAAGCAGCUCCCUCAUUGGUGUAGACCGAUCACGUGUCGAACCGUGCCACCACUCGUGACCAAGAUCAUAUUACGCUCUGAAGAAACUAGUUCGGCAUAAAACAUAGUCGCAUCGAGAAUCGACGGCCAAUUCAGAGACGAACUUUUUUUUGGUAGGUUAGCACAACUCGUUCUUUUUUAUGAGCUAACGAUUGUGUAGAUGCGCGACUGUGGAGCGGGAUUCAUUUUCUAAAGGACUUUUCGAUGUUCACCUUGCGGCCUAAUAGGCACGGAUAUAGACCCAUCUUCCAGCAAUAAUUCCUCCACUUUCAAAAGUCAAAAACAUUAUAGUAAAAAGCAACAAUUAUUUUGUACAUUAUAUGAAAUAAUAUUCGAGUGAAAAUGAAAGUUAGUCACCUUAAAGCGGCGGCUCACAUGACCGAGAAUCCGCGGAUGCGGCCCACAUGACCCAGUCGGCCACCAUAGUUUUCAUUGAAAUUCGAGCGCCAAGAGCGGCAACCUUGAUUCAGUGGCUUUCCGUCGAAGGAGGAGCACGUCCAAACCGACUGUUUGAUUACACCAGUUUUUUGAAAAAAGUUUGCCCUCUUCGAUGAGCAACAUAGAGCUGAGGAAGGAGCGCCGGCGACGACUUCAGGAGCAGCUGAGGAGGCGCAAGAGAAACCAAGAGAAAGAUAAGAUCAAAGGACCCCUGGAGAAAAAGGCCAAGAAAGAAAAGAAAUCUUCUUUGUUUGAGCCAGAAAAACAAGAACAAAUGGAACCUCCCCUCGAUCAACCUUUGAAGACCACAAAUAAUGGACAAAUGGACAAAGUUGUCCCGGAAGAAACAGACGACCCGAAUGGGGAAAGCGGACAACCCCCUGAUGUACACACUGCUGCAGAGCCCUGUGUUAAACUGGAGACCUCAGGUUGUACACCGCCUCUCGUCCAAAGUCCAGAGGGAUCGGCUCCAGUCCCUCACGGCUCUCUAAAUAAAUGGGAAGAGGAGCCACAUGAAACUCAUACUUUCGUGUGGUGCUGGGAGAAGGAAGCCACAACAAUUACCUGCAAUAAAGCAAGAACUGUUGAGAACUUGCUGAAGACGAGUCCACAGUUCAGGAAAAUUGUUGGCAAAAACAAAAACAAAGAGCUCGUUAUUGUCAGAGAUGGGAAAGCUAUCAGUUCACACUUUCCAUGCAGCUUAAUCGGAAAAGAUGAACGGCUGACUAUCAAGUUUCUUACAGCUGUUGACAAGCCGAAGCAAAUUGUUACUGGUUCUGAUCGUUGCCAGAGAAAGGGGCCACCUAGUGAGCUUGUGAUGUUUCAUUUAAUGACAAGCGGAGGUGAAAGUCUGCAAACUAAGAUUAUGAGAAACCCAGCCCUAAAAAAGUACAUUGACGAAUUUACUGUGUAUGCAUACAAAGGGGAAACGGUGAAGCAGGCUCUGAAAAGAGAUGGUCGUUUACAGGAAGAACUAUUCACAAAGAACUGUGCACUUUCCAACAAGAGCACUCAAGUAAACACUGAAAUGUCCACUCUCGUUGAUGAUCUUCAUGGUGAAACCUUCAAGAUCAUACUGCUGAAUAGGGACAGUCCACCAAACAGUCAGCCUAGCAGUUUGGAGGAUGCUCCUCUAGAGCAGUCUAGCACAACUGAGGCAGUGAAUGUCGACACACCAAAAAAGACAGUGGUGCUAGAUGGUAAGGAGGCACCAGAUUUACAUUUAUGUGAAAUAACUCAUUCCAAAAUGAUGCGGAGUUACCUAAAUUCACAGUUUCAAGAUUUUGUGAAGAGAAAAAAAAUUCAGGUAUCUGGGUUUACUCCUAUCAAGCAUCUCCGUGUGGAGUACGGAAAGAACGCUCAGAGAUGCCUGGAAGUGAAAACAAUGAAGCAACUGAUGGGAGCUCAGUAAUUCUGUUUGCAGUGUGAGAGUAAAUGGAAGACCAAAAGGAAGUGGCUUCCUUUUAUUUGACAAGUUUGUCCUCACAAACGGACAUGUGCUUGAAAACGUUUUCAAUGCGAGUACAUGGCAGCUUACUGAGAGGCUCACAGUCCAUUUCUCUUAUGAAAGUGUAGGCCAGGUGGAUUCAGGAGUCGAAGUGGAAGAAGUUGUUGGAUUUGAAUGCGCCCAUGAUGCGUCAGGGCACAAGCAUGACUGGGCUUUGUUGAGGAUCGGUGCUGAUCAGAAGUUGCCUGAUGUUCUGUUAAAACGAAUUGGAUUAUGUCCCAAAAGUGGAGGAAUUUGCAUUAUUGGGCAUCCUGGAGAUUCUCCAAAAAUGAUAGAUCCAUGCUUCAUAGUUCCAACUGAAAGACGUCGCGAGAUUGUCGAGAGGCAUCGCCGUGAAAAUCCAGAGGGAGUUCUUCCGUUCAAAGAAUCAAACCAUGAGGCCAUUCAGUUAAUUACGCAACGUUUCUUUGAGGGUGUGAAACACGAUAAAGAGAACAGACAGGCUCUACAUUACGAGACUUGUCUUUAUUUUGGCUCAUCCGGCUCUCCUGUCUUUGACGAGCACUGCAAUGUUGUUGCAAUGCAUUCAGGCGGAUACCCCUACGAAAAUACAAGGGGUGAACAACACAGUGUCGUAGAGUUCGGCUACGCUGCAUCCAUCAUUAUCGAGCGUAUCGUUGUCCAAAUGGUAGACAGAGGCAGGUUUGACGUGUUGAAGGAAUACCUGGCUUGCGAUUAUAGACAUCAACAACACGUGAACAACAAUGUGAAGAAACUGCUUGAGAGCAGAAACAGAGAAUCCAUAUUAACUGCACUAACACAGCCGAUGGUCACAGGUGACGAGAGUUUGAGGAAGUUCUUUGAAUUCUUGUCUCAGAGAGAGGAUCCUGUCCCAAUGGACACUGAUUGAGUGUCACAGAUACAAAGCUGACAGAAACGGCUCAGCAGUGAGCAACAAAGGCUUUCAUGACUCAUGUCUGCUUUCAGAUAUCAGGCCUAUGAUCAGGGUACUUUUGUUCAGUGCUCAAGUACCGGUAGUAUAUCGAUUGAAACUUAUUAUAUUCAUUGGUUUAGGUAACCAUAAUCAGUUUUGAGAACAAUGCUUGUUUUUCGCUGAUACAUUUUGUAGAGUUUUUGUUUGGUAAUUGCUAAAUCUCUGUUCAGUUCAGGGAAUACAUCUGGAUAUUAUUUGUGAAUGUUGAUGCUGUGCUUGUUCAUAGUAAUCUGACUGUACUGUCUACUAUUGCCCAACUAGAUUUGAUAAACCUGCUUUUGUCUUAUCGGCCGAUAUCUUCUUGAUAUAUUGGCGUUGGUUCAUAUGUCAUCACAGGAGUAACAUGAAGUUGCAGCACAGAAAUGCCAAAGAUACAGUUACUGACUGUAAACAGUCUGGUUCAGUAAAAACGUUGGUUUUGUUUAGUCUUGCAUAGUGUAAUGGAAAUGAGUUAUUCUUUUAGAUAUCUUAUAUUCUUGUAUAGGUCAACUGUUUUAUAGGUUGCUAUUGACUCUAUAUCUCACACCUAUUAGCAUGUGUGUGCGCUGUUGUAGAAGAUGUCUAUGUUUUUGGGAGAAGAGUUUAAAUAUUCAAUCAUUAUGAAAAACAAACAGAGUUCUGGACGGAAAUCAAAGUUGUCUUUGCGUUUAUUAGCUUGCAAGCUGCAAGAAAGUUCCUCAGUCACAUAUCUGAGUGAGAUGGGGAAGGAUCUUCAAAAUACAUUGUGCCACACCGUGAUUUAAACAUGCAAGGAGUGCCUUGAGUCCAGGCCCACAGAUGACCUCAGGGGAGUGUGUAUCUGCGUUCACUUCAAGGAAAAGAAACGGACACAAGUCGCCCCGACGCUGUAGAGACGAUAACAGAGAAGAUAACUCCCUCUGUCUCUCGCCCUCCCCAUAUUCCCACGUCUCUGUUCCUUAAAUCAAUACACACAUGCAAAUGUAUUUUAUCAUUACAAUAAGUCCCCCUUUGUUUGUGAAUGUCAAAGCAGAAUAUUCCAAUAACAUCCCCAGCCCUGUAAACUGUCUUCAUAACGCUGUGAUAUUUAAUCUUCAACGCUCACUCACACAGAAUCGUUGUGGCUCUGUGCACCUCGGCCUCUUCUUGCAAGAAUAAAUACUUUAAAGAUAAGUUUUUCGAUAUAUUCAUGAUUUCAGCUUAAGAAGACGUAACAUCUGGUACGUUAAUGUUUUGCUGCGACAAUAGCCAUGUCUAUUUCCAUUGGACUGCUAGAGAAAGACGUUCAUGUUUUAAGAAAAAUAAUCUUUUGUUCAAGCUGUUUUGAGAUUUUCAUUUUAUUAUUAUAAAUUGUGACUCCUGCACCUCGAGCUAAUCACUCGAAAUCCAGACGGUUUGCUGUCCUGGCUCCUCAGUGGUGGAACGAGCUCCCCACUGACAUCAGGACAGCAGAAAGUCUCUACAUCUUCCGUCGGAGACUGAAAACACACCUUUUCCGACUAUCUGGAUUAAAACACAGAUUUGCACUUCAGUGGCACUUAAAUAGCUCUUAUUAUGGUACUUUGGUAGUUCGACUAUGUUGAGGAAAUGUUACUUCCUGUAUUCUUGUUGUUCUUAGUUUGUACUCUAGGUUGAAAUGCACUUAUUGUAAGUCGCUUUGGAUAAAAGCGUCUGCUUAAUGUAAUGUUCUGUCAUAUACCACUGUCUUGGGAAUGUUUCUUUUGAACGUGAGAAUUUCUUACCUGGUUAUAUGAUGUCAUAAAAAACCUGUUUUAACAAAUGAUUAAUGAUUCUUUUUCGAUAUUCAAUAAAGUGAUUACUUUUA